AUCAUGUGAUUUGGAAGGAUUUCAAAGCUGAAACCACACUGUGGUUUGGUUCAGUGUCACUCAGCAGGUGGACUAAAUCCUUCGAUUGAUACUGAGACGAAAGAGUAAAAUGUGUUUUUUAGGCAGAAGACGGCUGUCUGCGUGUUUGAGCCUCCUCGUUUGUCUCCUCCUGGGUCGUGUGUCUGCAGAAAGCAUCAUCGCCACAGUGGGAGAAGAUGUUACUUUGAUAUGCAACUAUGACUCUAAGUACUACGGAAAGCUUUCUGUGUGCUGGGGUCGAGGAGCCAUCCCCAACAGCGGCUGUGCCAACGAGGUGAUCAAGUCAGACGGGACGACGACGACCAGCAGGCUGUCGGAGCGCUACCUGUUCAAGGGGGAUCUUGGCAAGGGCGAUGUGUCGCUGACCAUCAGGCAGGUGGAGGAGGGCGACUCCGGGACGUACGGCUGCCGCGUGGAUAUACCGGGCUGGUUCAAUGAUCACAAGACCGAGAUGACUCUGACUGUGGUGGCAGUACGCCCUAAUCCCUUAAAGGUGGAGACAAGAGAGGUGAAGGAAAGAACCGUCACUGUUCGCUGGGCUGCUGCGUUCGAUGGCGGCAGGCCCAUUACAGCCUACAGGAUCGAUCUCAAAAACAAACAAGCAUCCUGGGACACUGCAGUGACGACUGAAGUCUAUAAUCCUGAUCUGACUCAGCUGACUUUGGUGGAUUUGCGUCCUGCGAAGACCUACAACCUUCGCAUGUUUGCCAUCAACAGUGUGGGCAUGAGCGAGACCAGCAAUGUGCUGACAGUCACGACCAAAGAAGCAGCACCAGAGGGCCCUCCCCUGGACAUGCAGCUGGAGGCUCUCACUACUCACAGUAUCAAGGUCACUUGGAAGCCUCCGAAGCUUGAGCUCAGAAACGGGGUUCUUCGGAGUUACAGCAUCAGCUACAGAGAGUACGACCCCGCUGGCAGACAGUUCAAAAGGUGGCAGCACUUGAAUGUGAUGGCCACACGGGAAGUAGAGAGCAUCAUCCUGAGCAACCUGAAGCCUUCUGCCAAUUACGGCGUGAUUAUACAGGCCAAAACACAUGCAGGAAUAGGACCCGCCUCUACUGCACCUCUCUGCUCCACGCUGGAUGAGGUUAAAACUUCAACAGCAUCAACUUCCACUUCAACAGCAUCAACUAUUAAGUCGACUUCCACUGCUUCCACAAUUCGGAUACAAGACACUUCAAGCUCCAUUUCUGCUCACACAACUUCAAAGAUUGAGACUUUUACUGAUGCGACAGUUUGGGCAGAAAGCUCCACAGUUCCCACAUCAGUGCCCCCGGAUCCCCCAGUGGUUGAGUUAAAGGAGGUCAAAGACAGUACAAUCUCCCUUUCAUGGACUCCUGGGUACGAAGGUGACAGCCCCAUCACUGGCUAUUACCUGGAGUCUAAAGCAGUUGAUGCCUCGUGGAGUUACAGAAAGACAGUUGUUGACUUUAGCCCCAACCAGACAGAGGCCACAAUAAUAGAGAUAAAUCCCUCCACGUACAACAUCCGCAUGUUUGCCAAGAGCAGCGCGGGCACCAGUAAAGCCAGCAACGUCCUCACCAUCACCACUGAAGAAGCAGGAGGUCAUCAGAGGGAUGAUCGCCUCACCACCGUAUCUACUGACACUCAUGCUGCUGCGAGCACAGAGGAUAGUCAGAGUGGUAACCUAGCAGCCAUCGUGGUGCCAGUUGUGCUCGUGGUGUUGGCUGUUGCCGUGGUAACAGCAUGGCAACUUCGACGAAUAAAACAGAAAAAAGGCAGCCUGAACAUGUGGCUGAGCAAUGGAGCACUACGUUACAAUGGCUCUGAGCCGCUACAAGAGCUGUAAAACUUUUGAGUCCCUCUACACUUUAGCCUAUGACGAGGCUAAAACAUUUAAAGACUUUUGCAAAUUAAGCGUGCAUAUUAUUCUGUUUGUUUUGUUAUUGAGGAAAGAAACCGUAUCUAGCCUACUGCAACUUCUCCUGCGUGUUGAGCUGAUUUAAACUAGCUAAAUGUGUAACUACUAACUCUAUCUGUAACUACUUUAAAUAAACUCUAAUCACAACACCAGAGCAGGGCUGCUGAGAUCUGCUUUUACUUCCUUUUUUAUUUCUGCAGCACGUUUUCUAUUUGUUCAUUUCUCUUUAACAAUGUAUUUGUUGAUUAGACUACUCUUUUAUAACCAUAAACAGGUCAAUACAUUGCUUGUAAUAUUUUAAUGUGACUUUAUGUGUAAUGAAAUAAUAUUAAAACUGAUGACCACUGACCGAGUGACACAUUUUAUUGUUUAUUUCAAUGACAAAAUAGUACAAAACGCUCGAUAAACUUUCAAUGAACCAGAAAAGAGAACAAAGUAUUAGCAAGAAGUCAAUAUAAAAUGAGCGAUUUGAAUUACUUUUGAGCAGAAUACUGUGAAUAUUGCAUCAGAGAUUAGUUUUCCUGCUAAUUUUUAGAAACUGUUAAUAAAAUUACCUGUUUCAUGUAUAUAUUUGGCUACAUUUUAAUAAUCAUAAAGAGUUUAUAGGCUUUUUUUUUUUUUUAAUUUAAAAUUCAGUAUUUUCUUUUCUCUGACUCUUUGCUCUUAUUCUGGUGGCUGUUUGGUUGUUUUAACUCUGUACAUUUCUAAUGAAGAAUGAGGCUGUUUAACAGACGGAAGGCUUUGUGAAUAAAAAUGUUGAUCAGUUA